UGGGUGCUGAGGAGAGGGGUGUUUCUCCUUCCUAUGGACCAAAGAAGCUACAUGCUCGAGGGGGUGUAACACCACAGGAUCUUUGGCCUGUUUUGGUGGCCAAGAUUAGUAGUAAAACUGUUGAAUUUAACUCCCAUCAGAUUUUAGAGUCGCCUGAUGAAUCCUCAAUUAACGUAGAUACUUUAUAUGGCAAAGUUCAACCCCCAAAGAGAUUUUUAAGAAGUGCAGAGCCAAGACACAAUAGCUUAAGAAUAGUGGGAUCUGUCGUAUUUCCAGUCAAAGUUUACGUCAAGCUGAAUCACAACAGUUCACGUAUUCGUCAUCUGACAAAUCAUCUGUGAAACUUACAACUGAUUGAUCCAGUAUUCCAGUGGAAUGGACCAGGUGGCAGUCUUUCUUCAAAAAAUAGCAGUGUGCAAAUAUCACCAACAGGCACUUUAACAUUGAGACACUUCAACCUGACUGGAUUUUACACUUGUUCCAUUGUUUAUAAGCUAACGGCAACGCAACCUGAUAGAAAACUUGUAAUAAAAUAUCUUAUUUAUGCUUAUUCUGAUCCUAAAAAUUACUGUGAGUUCACAGCCUGGUAUCACACAGUCCCCUGCAACAGUUGUCGUAACACUUCCUUUGAGAAAGCAUUGCUUCAGAUACUAAGCAAACUUGUUGCCAAACUUUCUUGUGAGGUUACAUUAAUUAAGUCAGAAUGCCAUCAUGUAAAAAUGCAGAGAGGAGGUCUACAGAAUGAAAUCUUCUUUAUAUUUUCAG